AUGCCUUCUGCCAACCUGGCCGCCUACCUAGCUAAAAACUACUUGAACGCAUCCAACCCGUCUCAAUCCUCCUCACCCUCCUCCAACCCAGACUUCGCCGAUUCCUCGCGGCCGAAGAAGAAACGACGCAAAAAUAAAGAAAAUGAAGCCCAAGACUCCGGCCUGUUGAUUGCGGACGACGACGCAGAGCUAUCCCUAGGAGGCGCGAGGAAUGACCGCGAUGACGAGGCCGAAGAUGUGCCCAUGUACGACACGAAUAUGAAGUCUGCAGAAUUCAGAAAGAAGAAGAGCAGUGGCUGGACAGUAGUGGACUCAGGAGGAUAUCCUGCUGCUGUUCCUGGAAAGCAACAGAACGACGAAGAUGCAGAAGCUGAGCGCAUUAUUUCCGAAGCGGCAGCUGAGUCUGCACAGAGGCGGCAACAGAUCGAGGAUGAAGAUGCCCCGGCUGUUGUCGACGUGCCCCAGCCAGAGUCUUCUUCUACAACCACACAUGCGCCGAGAAUGCAGUCCGGUGCUCGCUCCGGUCUACAGACAGCAGCUGACACGGCAAGACUCAUCCAGGCAGAAGAGCGAGAGAAAGCGCGAGAGCUUUCUCAUGGGGAUAAGGCAAAAAAAUCCAAGAACGUGGAUGGAAAAUCCGGGAUCCCAGAAGAAGAAACAAUCUACCGAGACGCUACUGGGCGACGUAUAGAUGUUAGUCUCAAGCGCGCAGAAGCGCGCAGAGCAGAGAUGGAGAAGAUGGCGGCGGAGAAGAAAGCGCGCGAUGAGGCUCGAGGCGAUGUGCAGCGCGCGGAGCGCGAGCAGAGGAAGCAGGAUCUCGAGGAAGCCAAGUUCCUCACCGUCGCGAGAGGUGCGGAUGAUGAGGACAUGAAUCGUCAGUUGAAGGAUGUCGUCAGGUGGGAUGAUCCUAUGGCUAUGUAUAUGGCGCAUAAGAAGGAAGAGGAGAAGACGCUUGCUCAGGGCCCUGGUGGGUCGAGGGCUGGGAGUGGCAAGGCUACGGCUGCCAGUGCUGCUGCGCCCAGGAGAAAGGUCUAUCAGGGUGCGGCGCCGCCGAAUCGAUAUGGUAUCCCGCCCGGUUGGAGGUGGGAUGGUGUCGAUAGAGGGAAUGGGUUCGAGAAGGACUGGUUUCAAGCAAGAGGCAGGAAAGCUAGGAAUGAGGACUUGAGCUAUCAGUGGCAGAUGGAUGAGUAG